UUUAAAUCUGUUCUAACCUUUAUGAACUUUAAAGACUAGAUAUUUUCUUUUGGUGUUUUUUUUAAAUCGAAAACGAUGUCAACAGUCAUGAAAUCUACUAAACUAUUCAACUAUACUAAUAUUUCAAAUAUUUUUCAAAGAUUUUCGAGUACAACGUCAUCUAAGCUGAUUUAUUUUGAAUAUGGAGAUCCGCUUAAAGUAGUAAAUUUGGAACAGGAAAGUAUAGCAGAUCCCAAUGACCAACAAGUACUUAUUAAAAUGUUAGCAGCACCUGUGAACCCAGCAGAUAUUAACACCAUACAAGGAAAGUAUCCCUCCAAGCCAGAGCUACCUGCAGUUCCCGGAAAUGAAGGAGUUGGAGUUGUGGAAAAAGUUGGUUCUGGUGUUGUUGGUAUUAGUCGAGGGGACCAUGUAGUGCCUCUUACGGCUAACUUAGGUACCUGGCGUACUCAUAUUGUGUUAAAUUCUAAUAAUGUGUUAAAAGUUCCAAAAAAAUUGGGAUUAGUUGAAGCAGCUACUUUAACUGUGAACCCUUGUACAGCAUAUAGGAUGUUACGAGAUUUUACAGCAUUGAAACCUGGUGAUACUGUUAUUCAAAAUGGAGCCAAUUCAGCUUGUGGUCAGAAUGUAAUACAAUUAUGCAAGUCAUGGGGUGUCAGAACAGUUAAUAUAGUAAGAAAUAGACCAGAAAUAGAUGAACUGAGGAAGUUUUUACAGAAUUUAGGAGCUACGUAUGUUCUUACAGAAGAGGAAAUAAGGAGUACUGAUAUAUUUAGAGGAGCUGUUGAUAAGCCGAAGUUGGCUCUGAACUGUGUAGGUGGAAAAAGUGCCUUGGACAUUAUGAGAUACUUACAGAAUGGUAGUCCAAUAGUUACCUAUGGAGGCAUGUCUAGGGAGCCUGUUACAGUCCCAACUUCUGCUCUAAUCUUCAAGGAUAUUAAAGUUAGAGGCUUCUGGAUGACCAGAUGGACAAAAGAAAAUGGAAGUAGUGUGGAAAGAAUGGAGAUGUUUGAGGAACUGAUUUCUUUAAUGACCAAUAAUGAUUUACAUGGGCCUUCUCACAAAAUGGUGAGGUUUAAUAACUAUCACGAGGCUAUUAUGAACACUCUGACAGUUAAAGGAAUGACAGGAAAAAAGUUUAUCUUAGAUUUUACCAGUUAAACAUGUUCAUUGCGUUAAGACUACUUCAGUUUUUUUUAAUAACCUCAUUUUAAGUGGUGUACAGUUUUGUUCCCUUGAUAUUGUUAUUUUAUGUUAUGAAGACCAAAGAUUGUAAUAUAUAAUCAACAAAUAGUUGUUGAUUCACUUUUUGUAUUAGACAAUUGCAUUGCAACCACAAACCCACGAACAAUACCAAUAUCUUGAUCAUCUGCAGUUUUAAGUUAUAGUUCUGGCAUGUUUCAUUACAGUAUCAUAGAAAAAUAAGUUUAUAUAAAGUAUUUACUCUCCAAAUUGCAGCAUUUAGCCUUAAUAAUACAACAUUGGAUGAAAAUUGGAAAACUGUUUUUUUUAUUGAUUAUAUUACUUGUUUGUGGAAAAGUAUCAUUUUGGUGGUAUUUAAGUGUUUUACCUAAUAAAUGAGUAUGUUACCAAUGUGACCACUCUACAAUUAUUGUAUUAGUUUUUUAUUAGGUGUGUAUUAGUUUAUUCUGAAGUGCUCAUUUAUAUUUGAAAUUAAUAAAUUUAGAACAGAUCCGU